UUGAUUGUAAAAACAAGUAGAGCUUAUUAAAUUGUUAAUUCAUAAAAGUACUGUGCUCGACAGCAAUCUUGAACGUAUCUGUUUGUAUUUGUUCCAGCUAAGACCGCAUAUAAACCAUUUGUGGAUGACUUGGAUGGUUGGUGACAGAACACUCAAGUUACUGUAUCUGACACCUACUCACUACUGAUCAAAAGCUUUUGAGCAUGAACGAUCACAUUAACAGGAGUUUUGUACAGCCACUACAGUGGAUGUGGUCCUGUGGAUGAUCUGAUGGGCAUCUGGAAUGAGCAGUUUAUCGUGGAAGAAGUUCAAACAUCGAACCUACCUUCUAUAUAAUCAUGGUUUCGCACGUAGCGGACGUCGUGCGACGCGGGAUUUGGGCUUCUUUGACUGGGGGAUGGUUUUAUGAUUCCAGUUUAGAUCUUGUCAGCAACAUCAUACAUUUGUAUUUAUGGACUUCUCUCUUGAUUGCACCAUUUCUUCUCUACAUAUUGUUCGAACCUUCCUGGAUGGUAUGGGGCAUUUACCUAGGAGUGUUGCUUGUGGUGUUUACGUUAUUAAAAGUGGGCAACCACUUGAUGCACGGUUUCUUCGAUACUCACCAGUCGGAGAACGGCGGCAAAAAUGGACAGGGCAACGACACAUCCAGUCAUGGCAGCCUGGAGAGCCUCUCGGAGCAUUUGGCGGCGUUUUGCACGGAUCCCGAUGUGCUGGCAGACUGGCGGCGCCUGCAUCCCAGGCACCGUCAAAGUUUACGGGCACGCGAUCCCGCCACCGACGAAAUUCCCCUUCGUUCUUUGAACAGUGCAGCGGUAUCGUCGACUGUGGUGGAAGGCAGAUCCAAGGCUUCCAGUACGGAGAUGGUGGCCAUGCUUUCGCCAUCCAGUUGGGAAAAAAUCAGUAUUGACCCUCAGAGUUCGGGGGAAAAUGGGGAAAAAGCCGCCACCUGUGAUUCGCCUGUUCAGAAUCUGGAUGGCUCGGAAACCGUCAAUUUUAAGGUAGAUGUGCAUAUCCAUCCACCGACGACGAAAGUGGAGAAUCCCGUUGAUUCAGACAGCAGUAAAGAAGGGGAUUCGUUGUUGGUUCCUGACGGCGCUGUGCGUGCCAAACGUUCAUUGGAUGCACCCACUAGUAGUAAUGCAGAAGCGUCGGAUUCUGAGACGUACGACAAAUUCACUUCCGCAACCCCAGUUGAUCCCAGACGAAGUCCGAUCCCGCGCCAGGCAUCUGCGGGUCAGCUGAGCCGUUUACAAAGGCGCCCUGCUGUGCGGGCCAAUAAGAACCGGCCACAUCGGGAAUCGUCCUCCAACAACGAUAAUUCGGUUACAAGCGUGCUAAACCAGCCGACGACGUCAAUGGAGCAAAUUUUAUCGACAUUUCGAAUGCCGUCCCGUAACACUUCCGCUGAGCCUGUGCUAUCUGACGAAAGUUUACCACAGUUAAGUCCAAAGGGACUACGGAGGGCUAAAAGUGAAUUUUAUACUGGAAGUGGUUACGGGACGAGCCAUUCGUCACGAAUGAUCUCGGAUCCCUCUUUGGCAGCACCAACGGAGGGCACGCAGCGUCUGCAGACGGACAGUGCACCCGAUGGCUCGACCGAUUUUGAGCAAGUGCGCAGCACUCCUAAUUUGGGGCAAAAUGAGUCGGAGCCAGUAGAUCCCAAAGAAGACCUGAAAAUUUCUGUAGACGAAAAACCAGUUAUGAUGGACAAGACGGAGCUGGCGGUGGAUAAUGGAGAAUACCCUCCGGAAUACGUAUUUCUGGGUCCUAGUACAAGCGGCCUGGAACACCGGAGGACCAGCGUUGUUUCCGAAAGGCCAGCAGGUCAUACUGUGGAUUUUUCCUCCGGCAGUCGCCCUCCGCCUUUUGGACUGAGUGAACUGAACGCUGCAGAACAACUUUUAAGGGAUGAAGAACAAGGCCUUUUAGAUAGCCCUGCAUUUCGCCCUGAACCCCAGCUCGAACCUUGUCAACUGACUUUGGAAGAAAGUGAGCUAUUGGGAAAUAUUAUGCGGAAUCAGAGACCGAUUCGCGCUUCCAGCCUCUUUCGAAGAGAACGCGAACAACGGGCUUUGAUGCGAGCUGAAUCUCCCGAUGCUCGUGCUCGCCUGGAAUCGUUUACAAAUAGCCGAGGACUGUUGGAAACCUUACAGUCCUGGUUAAGUGGAACAUCCAACCCGGCAACGCGACCAUCAGACCCAGAGGUGCCGUGGCCGCCGUCCUUUGCAGAACGGACGACGCACUCUCGCACGGCAUCGCACGUGGAUUCGCACGUCGAUGACGAGCUGCCCGGAAAUCGUUAUUCACCUCAAACGUCAAUUGUUUCUUCGGAUAUACGAAAUGAUCUGGAGCAACCUGGACCAUCCAGACUAACCGCAGUUGAUUCUGGUGCUUUGUCGACUCAGAGGCGGAGAUACACUGUAUUGCAAAAUCCUUUGUGGCACGACGACGGGAAUGACGAAGCGACACGCGACAAUCGCUUACAAGUAGUUACCGGUACUCGACCUAGUACCAAUACGCGGGAAACUCCCUGGCUUUCGGAGCCAUCGGCCAAUGAACGGGCGGCGAUGCAGGCCUUGCUUCGUGCAUGCAGUAACCGGGACGAAAAAGCCUCCACGGAACACCGCUUAGGUCCGGUAUCAUGGCGGGAGCUGUUCGGUGAUGAACGGCGUAGUCCGAAAGUGCGCUUUCAACGACCAUUGUAUAAAAUUCCCAUAUGUCCGUGGUCGAAAGAGCCGAAGCACAUCAGCAUCCAUCUCGACCGGCUGAGUUUGAUGGCGCUGUUCGAUCGCACUCGAUCCGUAUGGGAGUGUGUACUAGCAGUAAUCAUGUGUGGAUGCGUUGGAGCUGCGGGUGGACUGCUGUUGGCGAAAGGAUUUUACCACGAUCUCUGGGCCUUUGCUCUGUGUUUUGUGAUGGCCGGUUGUCAGUAUUCGCUUGUUAAGAGUGUGCAGCCGGAUUCGGCGUCACCAACCCAUGGAUUUAAUCGGGUUGCUGUUUAUAGCCGAUCGGUGUACUUCUGCCUACUUUCCGGUUUGAUCUUGCUGUUGGAUCUCCUGGUAUCUUACCAUGAGCAGCACGCCGCUUUUUCUUUGUUCGGAUUCCAUAUUAUUGCGACCGGUGUGUUGGUAUUUUUUCGUAAUGCUCUGACCAUUAUCCUGCUGUGCUUUCCUAUGGUAUUUGCCUACGGAUUACUGCCACACAUCAAUACGUUUCCGGUAUAUCUUUUGGAACAGAUUGAUAUCCACGUUUUCGGAGGAUCGGCAACUUGUGGUUUAAUAUCAUCCGUUUAUGCUGUUACGCGCAGCUGUGUAGCGAUUGUUGCUUUGCAUGGAAUCUGUUAUGCGGCUCUGGAAGACAGGGCAGCUAGAGGGAUGAUGGAGUUGAAUUUGUCGUUUUCGCUUUUUUGUGGCCUCCUGGUGGCUUUGGGCUAUCAUUUGAGUCGAUCAUCGAGCGAUCCGGUGGUUCUCUGGAAUGUUGUACGGAAAAUUUUUAAGAAGGGUGACUGUCAAUCGUGGACACCAGAAAUUGAGUCUAAAACAAGUCUGGAUCUGGAUUUGGUUCAAGAAAGAAUAGAAAUGACCGUAUACGACCGACUUCGAUCGGAUGUGAUUUUGUGUCCAAUUUUUGUCAUGAUCUUCUUUGGACUCCAAGGCAGCAAACUGUUUUCGAUUAAUGUUUUGCUCACCGAUGUGCUCAUAGCGCUCACCGUUGGAAUCGGCUUGAUAUUAUCCUACGUAGUUCCUAAACUGCGAGCUCAAAUGCCUUGGCUGUGUUUUUCGAAACCGUUUGUUCCCAGUUACAAGACGCCGCACCGUAUACGCUCGUUGGACAAUCAGCCUCCGCAAGCAACGAUCUUCGAAAGUAUUUGUUUAUGGCUACGGAUUAUCGAAAGGAAUGUGCUGUAUCCAUGUAUUCUGUUGGGUGUUUUGACGAAUCAAACGGUGACGGUGUCCAAUAAGUUUGGACCGUAUUUGGCCUCCGUUCUGGUAACAAUUUGUGGAUUGAAAUAUUUACGAUUAGCUUAUGGGGAUGCAGAGAAUCAGUAUUUGAUCUUGGCGUUCACUUCGCUGUUCUUCCGAUUUGAUGCAGCUCACAGGAGCGAAACUUUUCUGCUCGAUUAUUUUGUCGUGUCUUUCUUGUACUAUAAGCUGAGCGAAUGGCUUCUGAAGUGGAAAUUCGUGAUGACAUACAUCGCUCCGUGGCAAAUAACUUGGGGCUCAGCUUUUCAUGCAUUUGCCCAACCGUUCAGUAUUCCACAUUCCGGAAUGUUGCUCAUGCAGACAAUUAUCAGCACCCUUAUUGCUAGUCCUCUAAAUCCCUUCUUGGGAAGCGCCAUAUUUUUGACGUCCUAUCCUCGCCCCAUUAAGUUCUGGGAGAAGAAUUAUAAAACUCGACGAUUAGAUCACUCGAACACUCGCCUUGAUGCUCAGCUUGACGGCCAUUCAGGAAACGACGACAAUAACCUAAACUCCAUUUUCUAUGAGCAUCUCACGCACUCUCUCCAAAAGAGUCUUUGUGGAGAUAUCAUGAUGGGGAAAUGGGGAAACGUUUCUUGUGGAGAUUUCUUCAUUCUGGCUAGUGACUACCUGAACUGUCUGGUACAUAUUAUUGAAAUUGGCAACGGGCUGGUGACCUUUCAAGUCCGCGGCCUUGAAUUUCGUGGCACAUACUGUCAGCAGCGAGAGGUGGAAGCGAUUACCGAAAACGUUGACGAAAACCGGGGUUUUUGUUGCUGCGAGCCGGGUCAUCUUCCACAUAUGUUGUCUUUAAACGCAGCGUUUAAUCAGCGCUGGUUAGCAUGGCAGGUUUUUGCUGGGCGAUACAUCCUUCAGGGGUAUAGCGUUUCGGACAACAAUGCGUCGACAAUGUUCCAGAUCUAUGAUUUACGAAAGAUAUUAGUAACGUUUUACGUGAAGUGCAUCAUUUUUUACUUACUGAAACAUCCGCGAGUGCUUCAGUGGCUGAUUUAUACGGAAAAAGAAAUCGCUAGCGUUCACAACUUGGAUUAUUAUGAUCUCGAUCCUUUAUUUGUUUCCAACAUUGAUAUGGAUUUUGAUAUUCGCUAUCAUGGUAUUUCGCGACAUGCAUUUUAUCUAGCUUUGGAAUCGUGGAUUGAAUACUGUGUCGGACAUAGUGAAUAUCGGGAUCUUGACAUUUCGGAGCCGUCCGCUUUUAUGACGCUGGCGUUUGCCAUGAGCAUUUGUGGUCGUCGUGUGCUGGGUGCCGCUGCUCAGCUUUCACUACAUUCAGUGGAUUGGUUUUUGCAUGGGCUCCACGCGCUUUUCAAAGGGGAUUUCCGAAUUAACUGUCCCCGCGACGAGUGGGUAUUUACGGACAUCGAUCUACUCCAUAAGGUCAUCGCUCCCGCUAUUCGGAUGGCUUUAAAACUCCACCAGGACCAUUUCACUGCACCAGAUGAAUAUGAGCGGAACGAAGCUUUGUACGCUGCUAUUCUGGAGCAUGAAACCAAUAUGGUCAUCUGCCACGAAGGCGAUCCCAAAUGGCGACAAGCUGUUUUAGCCAAUACACCGUCGCUGCUGGCGCUAAGACAUGUCGUGGAUGAUAAUCGUGACGAUUACAAAGUGAUCAUGCUCGACAUCCGUAAUUUGGAUUUCCGGUUGAUUAAAAUCAAUCGUGAGUGUGUUCGAGGAUUUUGGGCUGGUCAGCUGCAGGAGUUAGUGUUUUUCCGCAACCGCAACCCUGAACGCGGUAGUAUCCAGAAUGCUAAACAGGCGUUGCGGAAUAUGAUUAAUUCAUCGUGUGAUCAACCAAUUGGCUAUCCCAUUUAUGUGUCCCCCUUGACAACGAGUUAUGCCGAUACGCACAACAAUUUAUGUAGAGUCGUUGGCGGACCGGUCACAGUGGAAGCCAUUCGCGAUGUGGCGCGGCAUGUCUGGGAAGAUGUUCGUGAUCGAUGCUACGCUAGCUGUUCUGGUUCCAGUGGAGCUCCGCGUAUCGCUCGCCCACGCGAAGCCCCGAUUGUGGUUUCAUACAAUCCACAGCAAGGACAACGGCCCAUUGAAUUCACCCGGCGUCCGGAAACAUGAACUUCGAUGGAAUUUGUUUUGAUAAACGGGUUCGCGUUGGGCCUUUGCGCAGCCUACUUAAUAUGUGAUAAAGCAUCGCGAGUGUAUAA